AUGCGUCGAUCGUUAGCACAGCCCCAAAUCGUCCCGCCGGCACACCACACAACUGUGCCGCAGAGACCCCAGGCGUCGCCCUUCGGAAACGGCUUGAUGGAGCUGGGCCAGUUAUUGAUCCACAACGAAAAUAUCCGCAUGGGAUGCGUCGAGAUGAUUCUGGAGGACAUGAUAAGCACUGUAAUUCAAGUGGCGAACGUGUCGCCAACGAGGCCCGGGUCGCUAGAAACCCAUCCAUGGAUCAUCAAUCCCCACUGCAUCAUGCAUAAGAUCAGCGAGCGAAGCGAAGGUCCUGAGGUUAAUGGAAUGGUUCCUCCAAUAGGUGGAGGGGGAAUUAGUACUGGCAGCAACGUACGAUCUUCUUUUGCAUGGUUGCAUUCGAUGCACAAAGGGGCAAGUAUCCUCCGAAACGAAUAUGAAGUGCAUGGAGCUAGUCAGCAUGCACAGUGUGAGGUUGAGCGUGUAGAAUUUAAAGCAUCCAAAUGACCUCUCCUAGACCGAGGGUGUGCUCCACAUCCUUUAC